GUGCUGAGCUCCUGGGAGCAGCCAUUUCUCUCGGGGACGCCACUGUCUGUCUCCUCCAGAAUGCAUUCACUCUACCUCCUGCUCAGGGCCAGCCCCGCUGCCCUGCUCCUGAUUCUCUGCCUGCAGCUUGGGACCAACAAAGCUCAGGAAGAAGUGGAAGACACUUGAAAGCCGAUAAUGCUGAACUUGCAAGUACCACUAACAGCAACAGCAGGUGAAGAGGUCACGGUGACACUCGAUGUUGCAACACAACUGAGAGAAUGUGUGGUGAUUGCAUCUUACCUCACGAGCGACAUUUUGAUUGAUGGUGGUUUUAACUAUAAAUAUACCAGCUGCCUCUGUGACGACUACCCGAGAAAGUUCUUCUGGGACUUCCAGACCAACAACAAAAGCAUGGUAAUAACAGCCACGGUUGAUAUUAUCCGUCAACUAGGUAUCUGCCCUCAGGAUCAGGCGGUGAUACCCAUUGCAGCAAACCGUUUUUUCUCCUCAAGGAGGCUAACCGUAGUCUGAUCUUAAGGGAAGCUUUUGUCUCUGCACCGCCCUCCCCCGCCACCAGGCGGCUGCCUCCCAGGAGAGCGGGCUGGGGGAUCUGCCGGGGUCUGUAGAAUAAACGUCUUACAAGCAUC